CGCCUCGCCUGCUACGAGGAGUUCCGGGAUAUCGUGCUGGCGUCACACCUGAAGCCUCUAGAGAGAAAGGACAAAGCGGCCAAGAAGGGAACCGUGCUGUGGAACCCGUGUGUGACCCGUGCGAAGCGGGAGGAAAGCAGCAGCGUGGAGAUAGCCCAGGAACUACAUCAACUGCCUGGAACCUCUGCUGAAUUUUACAGAGAUUGGCGCAGAUGCUUAAAAAAUGGAAAAGAAAAAUAUCAGUUUUUACUUAAACUUGAAGGCAAGGCCUUGGGCAGGAUCUUCCAGGCUGACCUAGGUUUUGGCCUCCUGGGUGAAUUCCUGACCGUGCUGGCGGAGAACAUGUGUCAUGAAGACAGAGCUGCCGUCGUGCAGAUCCUGCAGGGCCUUUCGAGCACCAAGCGCUUCGGGCUGAACCUGGAUCUUCUCAGCGAGGCGGAGAAGGAGAGCGGCAGGGAUUUGUUCAGGAAGCUGCAGAGCAUGAGCACAAGUGGGGGAAGCUCCGGAGAGCCCAGCGGCCCCACCGACCGCGAGACAGAGGGAGAAGCCCAGCUCCUGAGCAGCAGUUUGCAAAAGGAAACUGAGGGAGAGAUCGUGAGGGAGCUGAUGAAACGUUACCAAGUUGGCUGAAGGAGC